AUGACAUCUUACGCAGCAAAACUAGUGGCCAAGAGGCUGUUCAAGGAAAAUCCGUCCAACAGAGAGGGACGUGAGGAUCCCUACUUCGAGACUGUACCCGCUACGAGACUCGGAGGGCUGUAUAAAACCACAAAGAAACGAAGAAGGGCUCUGCCGCCAGGGUUGACACCAGAAGAGGAGAAAAUCCUCACCAAAGCCAAAAGAAGAGCCUAUCGCGUCGACCUUUGCCUCGGAAGCUUUUUAGGCACAAGAUUCGGCUGGGGAGCGGUCUUUGGCUUGAUCCCUGGCAUUGGCGAUUGUAUCGACCUCUUCUUUGCUCUCAUGGUCUACCGCACCUGCUGUUCCGUCGAACCAGGACUACCCUCGUCCACUAAAAUGCGAAUGCAAAUGAACGUCCUCAUUGACUUUGCAAUCGGGCUGGUUCCCUUCAUUGGUGACCUUGCGGAUGCGGCAUACAAGUGCAACACCCGAAAUGUGGUACUGCUCGAAAAGGAACUGCGUGCGCGUGGUCAGAAGAGGAUUAAGGGUACUCCGCAGGCCAAUGUUGCAGACCCGAGUCUUCCAGAUGAGUACGACUAUCAGAACGAGGAGGGUAUAUUGAAUGCCCAGAAUGGCCCUCCUCCAAGAUACACCUCACGACGACAGUCCAGAAGGUCCAAUCGAGAGAGGCAACGAGAUGUCGAAGCCGGAGAAGGCAUUCCUCCUCCGAUGCCUGCCCGUACUCGUUGA